CACUUGUUGUUGUUCAGGUCAUUGUACCUAUCAUGUUCAAUGUCAAAACAAACGAAAAUCAAACGAAAAAAAACAAACAAACAAAUUCUUUGUUAAUCUGUCUUUUAUUUAUUUGUUGUUUUUUAUCUUAUAUGAAUUCUUCUUAUAUAGAAUGUAUUUUUGAUAAAGACGUUUAUGAAAUUGGUGAAAAAUGGAAACCAACUAUCGAACCAUUCGGUGUAUAUUAUUGUAUACUUUGUGAAUGUAUAGCUGUACAAAGAAAAAAUAUUGAAGGUAAUAAUAAUCGUGUAGUGGCCAAAGUACAUUGUAGAAAUUUUAAAAAUGAUUGCCCAAAGCCUACAUGUAAAAAUCCCGUAUUAUUACCUGAACGUUGCUGUAAAUCAUGUCCUGAAGAUGUCAAUAAUAUUGAAGAUUUAAUUGCUAGUCAAAAAAUGGAAGAAGCUUUACUUAUGAAAAAUUUUCGUAAAAAAUUCUAUGCCAUACUGUCACCGUCAUCAUCAUCAUCAUCAACGACAAUUUCAUCAAACAUGACGACAGUAGCAACGAGAGCUUUUUUCCAUUUAAAUAAACAACGACUAGCAUUCAUUAUUAAAACUACAAGCCCAAAUAAACCUACUUUUGUACGAUUUCAAGAUCUUGAUGAUACAAUCAUUGAAGAAUAUAUUGUACUUGGUAAUAAAAGUACUGGAUCAAAUAAUCAAUUUGUUAUUUUUGGAUCAUGGAAAAAAGUUCCAAAACCAUAUCGUGCUAUGAUUCGUAAUCGACAUCUAAAAAUUUCAUUAUCAUUUAAUAAUGAUAUUAAUAAAAAAUCUUCAUUGAUCGGUGUGAUUCGAAAACAUAAUUCUGCUACACAUUCAGCGAUUUGGAAUGAUCAAGAUCUUUAUUAUGAACUAUUAGAAUCGAAUGAAUUUGGCAAGAAUAAAAUAUUUCGUGAUAUGUUGAAUGCAACAUCAUUUGUUUCAUAUGAAGAUCAUAAUUCAUUAGAUCGUAAAGCAAUGAUGGAUCAAUCAGCAUAUCCAUCAAUGAAUUCAAUUAAUUCAAAUUAUAAAUGUUAUUAUGAAGCACAGAUUUAUGAUGAAGGUGCACAAUGGAAAAAUCAAAAUGAUGAUUGUGAAAUGUGUUUCUGUCAACGUGGACGUGUUAAAUGUGAAAGUGAAGUAUGUUUAAAACUUAGAUGUAAAGAACAGAUUCGUGUACCUGGACAAUGUUGUCCUAUUUGUAAAAAUAAAUUAUCACAUUAUACAUCGAACAAAAAUCAAUCAUGUUAUUUUGAAGGGGAAAAACGAUAUCAUUUAAUUGGAUCAAGAUGGCAUCCAUAUAUUCCACCAUUUGGUUUUGAUCGUUGUACAAUAUGUAUGUGUACUGAAAAUGCACAAAUUAAAUGUAAACGUAAUGAAUGUCCACCAUUACCAUGUGCCGAACGUGAUGCUUAUCGAGAAAAUCCAAUGGAUUGUUGUAAAAAAUGUCGUACAUCAACAAGAUCAAUGGAAUCGAUGUCAGAUCAAGCAUCAAAUGAUGAUAAUGUUGAACAAGCUCUUGCAACAGGAAGCUGUCGUUUUAGGGGAAAAAUUUAUGGAAAUGGUGAUGAAUGGAAUCCAGCUGUUGAUCCAUAUGGUGAAAUUAGUUGUAUAAAAUGUCGUUGUAAAGAUGGUCUACAUAAAUGUCAACGAUUAAAAUGUAAACCAUCACCACCAGGAUGUCAGAAAAUUCUUAUCAAAGGUGAAUGUUGUCCAGUUUGUGCGGAUGAACAGCCAAAAUUAUUAUCAUCGGAUAAUACAUUUAUGACCACCGGAAGAAGACGGAUGUCGACCAAAACAUCUCGAAUACGAUAUUGAAUCAAAUUCAACAACAUUAAAAAAAAUUCAUGAUAAUCUUUUGUAAAUGUUUUUUUUCCAAGUUUUUUUAUAAAUUAAAUUUUAU